ACACAGCUGUCAACAUAUGUUGUGAUUUUCAUUGCGUGUUUUCUUUUCAAUUCUGUGCGAAAAACAAGAAACCCGCGAAAAUGGGGAAACGACAGCACCAGAAGGACAAGAUGUACCUCACGUACACAGAGUGGUCUCAGUUCUACGGUGGUAAAAAAGUGGACUCCAAGGACGACGAGAAUCUCAGGUUCAAGAGACUCCCCUUCGACCACUGUAGCCUCUCGAUGGUCCCUUUUGAGCAUCCUUACUGCGACCGAAAUGGCAAUAUCUUUGAACUGCAGGCAAUUGUGGACUUUUUGCGAAAAUACAAAAUCAACCCAAUCACCGGAGAACCACUGGAAGCAAAGUCCCUUAUCAAGCUGACGUUCCAGAAGAACCACGAUGAUCUCUACCACUGCCCGACUCUUUUCAAGCCUUUCACAAAGAACUCCCACAUUGUGGCCAUUGCCACAACAGGAAAUGUGUUUUCGCAUGAGGCAAUCGAGCAGCUUAACGUUAAAACGAAAAAUUGGAAGGACCUAAUAGAUGACACUCCGUUUACUAGAAAAGACAUCAUCGUUCUGCAAGAUCCGGGAAAUCUGGAAAAGUUCAAUAUUUCCACCUUCCAUCAUGUGCGGAAGAAUCUGCGUGUGGAGACGGAGGAGGAGCUUGCGGAAAAGAAGGAUCCCAAGGGUCGCCUUAAAACCAUCUCGAUGGAGACAAAAGACAUCUUGGAGCAGCUAGAGAAGGACUAUAAGCCGGCAGAAGAGAUUGUGCAGGAGAAGAAGGUGGCGGACAAAUUCAAUGCUGCCCACUACUCUACAGGUGCCGUGGCCGCCAGUUUCACCUCCACGACCAUGGAGACUGCCCUCAAUCACGAGGCAGCAAUAAUCGCCGAAGACGAAGUGAGGUAUGAGAGAGUGAAGAAGAAGGGCUACGUGAGGCUGCAGACCAACCUCGGACCCCUAAAUCUGGAGCUUCAUUGCGAUGUUGUGCCGAAAACCUGCGAAAACUUCAUCAAACUCGCCUCGCAAGGAUACUAUGACGGCACCAAGUUCCACAGAUCUAUCAGGAACUUUAUGAUUCAGGGCGGAGAUCCCACGAGCACGGGAACUGGAGGAAAGUCCUUCUGGGGGAAGAAGUUCGAGGAUGAGUUCAAGCCGAAUCUCUCUCAUACCGGCCGAGGGAUGCUCUCCAUGGCCAAUUCAGGUCCAAAUACCAACGGAUCGCAAUUCUUUAUCACUUUCCGGUCGUGUCGACACUUGGAUGGAAAGCACACGGUGUUCGGGAAGCUGGUUGGAGGGCUGGAGACAUUUAAUGAAAUGGAGAAAAUUGAGGUAGACAACAAGGACAGGCCAAUUGAGGACAUCAUCAUUCAGAGAGCACAAGUAUUUGUGGAUCCUUUCCAAGAAGUGGAUGACCAGCUUGCUAAAGACCGCGCCGAAGAAGCUGAGAAGCAACAAAAGGAGUUGGAUGAGAAGGAGAGGAAGAAACAACAAGCACAGCCUUUGAUCACGUACAGAAAAGGUGUGGGGAAGUACAUUAAGAUUGAAUCCCAAAAGCGUGAAGGGCCGAAUUCUGAACCAGGUCCAUCGUCAAAGAAAAGAAAGAACAUUGCCUACGAGUUUGGCGACUUUAGUUCAUGGUAA